UUCGCAUACGAUUCUUUAUACAUAAAACAGCUUCGUGCUAAAUUUUUUCGAAAUUAUAUAUAUACAAAUAUAUAUAUUUUCUACAAUUUUUGUUACACAAAUUAGUGAAGCGACUACACACAGGAUUCACCCACAUUGAAUACAUUCGCUACAAUUUGUCUAACAUAUCCUUUCUGCUAGUUAGUUUAUUUUGGGUUUUUUUUUCAAAUCUAUUUUUUAAUUUCGUGGUAAAAAUGUCGGAACCGAAAAGUGCCUCCCGUUGUGAGAAUCCGAAGAGUAAUAGGACCACCGAUUUAAGGGCACUUUCUAAUGCAUCGGCAUCGAGGAAAUCCCGCAUGCCCAGUCGCUUGCCUGUACGUAGUCAUUCGCUUAGUGGCUCAAAGAAGAACUCACCAAAAUCUGGCCCAAUACGUGCUACUUCGCCAUCACCAGCUCAAUUAAGACGCUCGGCGAUUAAGAAACCGGAUGUCGUGUCCACGGGUGAUAACGUUACCAAAACCGAAACGGAAAAACCGAAAACUAUUUGCAAACCGAAAUUGGAACCACGCAGUAAUAAGAUUGCACAGCAACGCCUGAGCCGUGCCACAUCUGCAAUGCCGGCUAAAACAAAUGUCCGUAAAGUUAUUCUCCCCCCGGAAAUAGACAAUAAGAAGAAACAGGGAAAUGUGAAGGCUACUGCAGUUCCUACUACUGCUACUGCAGUUCCUACUACUGCUACUGCAGUUCCUGAAAACCGUGUAGAACCAUUGCCGAGUGCCACGCCAACAUCUUCACGAGUAAUCCAAACGAAUGCAGCCCGAGCCUUUGAGGCCCAGCACAAAAAGUUGCAGGACUUCCAAUCGGAAUUCAUGCGCAAAUUGAGUCAACUAGGACGUUUGGGACAACACAAAUCGGAGCAAUAUAAAUUUGUGGCCGUGGUAAUGAAUGAGAAGUGCAAGUUGGUUGUGAAGGACGACAAUUUAGUUGGCAUGCCAAAGUUUUUGCCUGCUGAGUCAGUAUUUGAUCUGAAACAACGUUGUCGCCGCAUGGUAGACUCAGGAUUUGCAAUGAUGUCUGAUAACCUUGCCUCCAUACACAAGGCCAAAGACGAGACCGAAGCCAAUGCUGCACGGGAUAAGUUGCUCAACAAAAUGCAGGUCUAUUUGAAACAAGAAAUAGCAACACUAUUAGCUGAUAUUGAUCGUAUGUGUGGUCCAUCGAAUAGCAAGUUAAGUGCUCUUCAGUCUGAGUUAAACGAUGUGCGCGCCCAGAAGAACCUCCUGGAUAGUCGUAUCUUGGAAAUUAGAAAAGAGCAUUCCUCGGCCAUGAACCAGUUGCGUGUCAAUCAAGAGAAAGCCAUGUCAACGGAGUCAGAGAAACGUGAUAAGAUCAUAGCUAAUUUGGAGAAGUCCCUCACUGAGGUAAAGAAAAAUAAAGAACAAAUGGAAUUGGACUACAAAAAGGAGCGUGGCGAUAUGCUAAGUCCAUUGCAACACGAUAAUUCAAUUGAUUUGGCUAAGCGUGAUGAGAUAAUUGCAGAUCUCGAGGAGACUGUCAAGAAAUACAAAGACGAAAUGUAUUGCCUGGAGAAACGCUUAUAUGAUAGCAAGAAGAAGCAAGCGGAUCCAAAUGAGAAAUCAGAGAUAGCUAAACGUGAUCAAAUCAUAUCAGAUCUAAAGAAUUCCUUGCGUGAAGCCAUGGUUGAAAAGCAAAAGAUUGAGAUCAGCCACAACGAAUCGUCGAGUCAAACUGUUGAGUUGUGCGAAAAUGAUGAGAACAUAUCCGAACUUAAGGAUGCCUUGCUUGAAGCCCAGAAAAAGAAUAAGCAAUUUGAGGAAGUUUGCGCAGAGCAUAAAAAAAUAAUUCAUAAAUUGCGAAUGGAUCAUACGGUGUCAAUGUCAACAGAGUCGGGCAGACGUGAAAGGGCCUUUAUAGAUCUGAAGCAAAAUUUGCGCCAAGCCGAAGAUAGAACGUUGCACUUCGAGCGCCUUUACAAUGACAGUAAAGCGAAGAUUACUGAAUUGAAGAACCAAGUAAAGCAAAUGUCAGAUAAGCCAACGGGGACAGAAAAGAAAAAGAUCAUUGGAGGUGUAAACAAGUGCCUGGUGGAAACUCGAAAAGAGUUGUUAGCUCAAACGGAUGUGUUGGCCCAGAAGAAGCCCUUGGACAAAGACAGUCAAAAGGCAAUGGAAUUCCUUAACACUGAGGCUGAGAAACUUAAGACCAUCAACACUCAAAUGCAAAGUAGCCUGGAGAAGGCAAAUGAGAACUUAGAGCUUAGUCGUAAGAAUAUCGAAGCUAACGAGGAACGCAUUUCAUUCUUGGAGAACGAACUAAAGAAAGCAAGUGAACUAAUUCCUAGUCCCAAUCAUUUGGACGCAGGUUUGCUGGCAGCGAACCGCACCAUAGCAGAUCUAAAAUCACAAGUGAUUUCUCUAGAGCAGCACAGGAAUGUGAUUAGUGAAGAAGUCAAAAAGUUAAUGGCCCAACAUGAGGCCUUCGAUGAGUUGACUACGAAAUUCAAAGAGUCUCAAAUAGAUAUCAGUGAAUUGAAAGAGAAGCUAAAGGCGACUGAAAGUCAACUAAUGAAACGUACCGAAUCCGAGUUGAAGUUGCGCAAUGAGCUAAACCUGUCCAAGGAGGAACUGUGCAAAUUUGAGGAUCAAGUGAAUCGUUUAAGCGAGCAGCUGGAACGCGAUAAACAAUUGCUAGAUGUGCGUUCCGAGAUGAUCAAUACAUUGCAGAAGAAUGAAGCGGAGACCAGCAGCAAACUCGAGCACAUGUACAGUGAAUUCAAACAGAAAAAAGAAACCCUCACACAGGUAAAUGGUGAACUGAUCUCCAGAAAUGAAGAGUUUCGCAAUCUCUUCGGUACGCUGAGCAGCAAGCAAAUGGAGGUCAGACGUCAGAAUCAUAUAAUCAAGCUGCUCGAGGAGAAUAACAAAAGGGGUUCAAUGCUUCGUAUUAAACAGGAGGAGAGGAAUGCCGUAAUGCAAGAUGAGAUAUUUAGGUUAAGGAGUUCCAUGCGUGAUUAUGUCAAGGUUAUUAUAGGUAAUAACGGACAAAAUUGUUUUGAAGUUGUGACAGAUGCUGAAAUUUUAGACCAUCAACCAUCUGACCUGGAAAUUAAUCACACUUGCCCGGAUCUCAAUUGUAAAUUUCAUUGUCCGAAAAAAUCACUGGCUAAAACGAAUCAAAAGAAAAAGGAGAAAAAGCAGACGCCUAAGGCCAAGACCCAAAAGGAUCAUAAAAAUAAGUCGUGUACUCAACCAAAACUAAAUAAUGGCACUACCGUACUGCUAGAACCAAAAUUUAAGGGCAAAUUCCUUAAGAAAUAACUAAAUUUGUUGUAUUUAAUUCAUGUCUUAGUUCACAAACGAAAAAGAAUAUGUUAUGCUUUAUUAAUUCAAGUCAAGUCACAAGUAAUAUUUCAAAUAAACAAAUAUGUAUAACAGAGAA